AUGUCCCUAUCCCCGACCACACGACUGAGCAGGCUUUCCCUCGAGUGCAACUCAUCCGUCUCCCCAAACAAGGGCCAGAUGCCAUCACCACGCACAACUGCUUCGAUGCCUGACUCCGAGAACGCCUCGGACGCAAGUGACUGGGAGGUCGAGGAAGAGGAGGCGGAUGACGAAGGGACAAACGUUGUGUCAUCACUAACGGGUUUCAAAUACAACGUAUCCCGACUCUCACCAGAAGCCCGACAGACAGCCAAAGGACUCUUCAACCAGAUAUCUCCAAGAGAACCUCCUCAGAUUUCACUCGAGCUCUGCGGUGUCAGGGAAGAGGACUCUGAAGGUGCCGGCUUCUUUUACGCCUUCCAGAUGCACGAGGUGGUGCCGUGCUCUGUUAGGAUCGGUGCCCGGGACAGCGAGAGAUUCGCCACACCGAAAUGCGAGUGCCCCGAUGCGAGAUACGGCCACGCGAGUCCCUGCAAGCAUCUCAUUUGGCUCUUUGAUAAGAUCUCAAAACAAGCCCUCUUCGACCACGAUCCCGACUCGGAGCUCAGCCUGACAGAGUUUGGCUACCCCGAAGAGUUAGGCGACCCCUUCGACCAGAUCUCACAGAUCGGCAUCGAUAUCCUCGCCGAUGAUCUCCGCUGCGAUACCUCUGAGCCUGACAGCGACAUCACUCCUCCCAACCCCACCCGUGUAAGAGAAGCCCGGGAAAUGGUGGCUGCCGUAGCGGGCGUCCAACCAUACGAACUCGACGACUACAGGCCGGACCUAGAGCAGUCAUACAACCCCGACAUACUGAUACGCCGUGGCGAUUUGGGAGGGACCCUGUUCUCUCUCAUACUCGCUUCCCACUCGCUCGCAGAGUGGGUGCGCGCUGAACUUAGCCCCUCGGACCCCGCGGUCGACCCCUUCCGAAGUAUCCAGUAUCGAGUCGCCCGCGUCAUCCAACAACUGGACGCAUCCUUAGAUCCCGAGCGCGAUCCCACCGUUGCCGAGAGGCGAGAGAGGCGGGUAGAGGGCCCUCGAAGUGUGGACUGGGCAUGCCGCCAGAUCCACCACAGCGUAAGGCGGAUCGAGAAACUCGUCUCUCGCGGCUCCAGUCCACUUUCGUGGUGGGCUCGAUCAUCCGCCGCCCGGUCACUCGUCGUCAUCCUCAAGUCCGUAGUCGGCCAGCGGGAUCUGUAUGCACGUCUAAUCGGCGACCAGGACACCGGCUUUGUCUACUCCUCACUGGACAUGCUUGCCGACCAAAGCCAGUUCAUCGACGCGCUCGAGGAGAUCAUGGACAAGAUCGGCGUGUACGGCGCACCACCCUCUUAUGUCGCCAAUAUGCGGAGCCUGAUCUCCCGCAUGCGGAGUUAUAGGGUAGAGGAUGCCGGCGCGGCCAGCGGGAGUGGCGUCCCACGAAGCGAGACACCGCCGCUGGACGAGCCGUCGCCGGGCGCUGUCCAACACCCCGAGCCGAGUCGCUCUACCAGCAGCGUGCGGUUUCUCACCCCUGAACUACCGGCGAGCGCUCGAGGGCGGGGAGGCCAAGGCAGGGGCGGUCGCGGUAGGACGGUCGGGAGAGGGAGUGGGAGGGGCGCAAAACGCCCCGCUUCCCAGGGCAGCCCGCAGGACAAUCCGGGGGGUUCAAAGAAGAGACCCCGCGGAUCCUGA